UGAAAAUCAGCAGCAAAACACUUUUUCUCUCGUCGCAGAACUUAAGAAGUUGAACUCCAGAUGCUGCCACGAUCAGCAUCCUUCUGCCUCGCGGCUGAUAUUGUCACAAAUACAACUGCUGCUGCUACUACUACAUCCAUUACCACAACCGACAACAUUGACAGCACCGUCCGUACUAUGGAGAACAACAACAGCAAUAACAGAAAUAAUAUCACCACUACCACUGAUAUCACCACCAACACCACCAUUACCAACAACAAUAUUAACAGUCUCGUUUCUAAGCAACAGUCACCGUCGCACCUCCAGCACCCUUCCCUUCAUCAGGUCCAUCCCCACCACCACCACCACCACCACUACCGUCAUAACAAUCAGAACCAUCAUCACAAACAAAACAUACUUCAUAGUCAACAUCUUCCUCCUCAUCACCACCAUCAUCAUCAUCCCCACCAUCAACAACAACAACAAGACAACAAAAAGCACAUCCACCACCAGCACCACCAUCACAAAAACCAGCCACAACAACAACAACAAUGCCCACGUCGACAGAAGUGGAUGGUCAGAGCCCUGCUGGUUCUGAUGACGACAAUGGUCACCAACAGUUUACCGGUUCUCGCCAGAUCUUCGUCCUUCACAAAUGGGUUUUACCGAAGGCAUUAUUACAAUGCCAUCGAACACCACCACAGCGAUGCAGUCGAGGGUAACAGUAUCAACAGUAUUGACAGUGUGGGGUCCCACAUAAAAAGCGUGCAACCCCAUCAGUUAAAAUCCAAAGACAAGGUCCAGUUUUUGGGGGCCGUUUUAAAAAGGCACAUCUCAGAUCUUCGUCAGACGAAAAACAAACAAGUUGAACUUGUCUUCCUUGUUGACAAUUCCGGCAGUGUGGGCCACCAUAACUUCUUCAAUGAAAUCAAAUUCGUCCGCAAGCUUUUGGCCGAUUUCACAGUCGACCAAAACACAACACGGGUCGCCGUCGUCACGUUUUCGUCAAAAACGAAAAUUAUCAAAAACGUUGACUUCUUAACCGACCCAACGGCGGAUAACCACAAGUGUUCCUUACUAGAGGACUACUUACCCAGAAUCAGAUAUCUAGGGGGCGGCACCUUCACACUAGGAGCCUUCAGAAUAGCAAACGAGAGUCACGGCGACUCUCCACAGUAUAUUCUUAAUAUAGUGACUCCUCACGCUUGCCGCACAGAUUUCCUUGGACCCUUGCAAAACAGUUCUGGUCGCCUUUCUUGUUUUGUGUCACUCAUACAUGUCCACAGACUUCGGAACAGUUCCGUCUUCUUCAAACUUGCAUUUAGUUCGAGGGAUCCUUGUCCUUCGGGAACCUACAAGAACACCAGCACACCCGGUGAUGUGUUAACCUGUACCAAAUGCCCAGACGAAAAUCACGUGACAAACGAAGGGGCCACCCUUACUGAUGACUGCAAAUGCAAAAGGGGUUUCCGGAAGUUUGCAGACAAUCGUUGUGCCUCCUUGAAAUGUCCGAGACUGGCGGCCCCUAAAAGUGGAUACUUUGUCAACAACAAAUGCUCAAAUGACUUCAACGCUGCUUGUGGGACUCGCUGUGAACCUGGUUAUUAUUUAAAAGGGGACAGCGUGAGAAUCUGCCAAGAAGAUGGCGAAUGGUCAGGAAAUGCUUCUGAAUGUCGCAUGAAAGUCUGUCCUCAUCUGCCAACACCAAAGAACGGCAAUCGUAUCUGUAGUCGAGGUGACUUCACUUUCUCUACAGUUUGUCGUUUCACUUGCGACACAGGAUACAAACUGAUUGGAUCCCGAAGACGAACUUGUCUUGCUAUUGCCUAUUGGUCUGGUAUAACCACCAGAUGUCGAGAGAUCACCUGUCAACACCUGAACGGUCUUCAGUUUGGCACCGUCAGCCCAGACGUGUGUACGGGAGGGGACGAAGUGCCAUUUGGGACGACAUGCAAGCUUUCCUGCAACCACGGCUUCACACUGAUCGGAUCCCCGACCAAGCAGUGCACCCCGGACGGCGUGUGGUCACCCAUCGAGACAGAGGUCAGCCGUUGCAUUGAUACAAGUCCGCCCCAAAUCUUCUGUCCAGAUAACAUCGACGUCGAAGCAGACGAGAACAGUCACAUGACCAAUGUCACAUGGGUUCUUCCACUGGCCUAUGACAACUCUGGCCUGGUCCCGUCCAUCACAACGAUCCCAGCUGUCCAGCCACCGGCCCGUUUCCCCAUCGGUGUGACACUGGUCACAUAUAUAGCACAGGAUGCCAACAAAAACCGACAGGAAUGCAAGUUCAAUGUCACUGUUAAAGACACUCAGCCACCACGUGUUGACCGCUGCCCACGUUCGGUCACUGUUGUCAGCGAGAAACCAGAAGUGAUUGUCACCUGGGAGGAACCUCUUUUCAGCGACAACUCCAAUGGUAAACUGCACAUCACCAAGAGCCACGAUCCCAGCAGUUCCUUCCAACAAGGCAUCACGGAUGUUAUUUACCGAGCCUACGACGACUCGAAAAAUGUUAACAACUGUACGAUACAGAUACACGUACUAGAACACCGUUGCACCAUACCACUUGGCCCCAGGAAUGGCAUGAGAGACUGCCACAGAGGCGAAGCUGGGGUACACUGUACCCUCACCUGUAUGGAAGGGUACGCGUUCGCCUUGACACCCGCUGAAGAAUAUUUCUGUAGCUUCGAAGACUACGAAUGGACACCAAAGAGCCACUUACCAUUCCCGGACUGUUCAGUCGAACAGGUUUCAAAUGACGUCAUCCAACCAGCGCGGUUAACUUUCUUGGGGAAUGUGUUAUGCGACGAAGCGAGGACGUUGAACCGAAUCGAGGACAACUUUAAACACCGAGUGACACAGCUGGUAAACGGUAUGUGUACAGACAACAUGGAGUGUGAAGUUGAAAAUGUGGCCAGAACUUGUGAGGAUGCAAGGCUUGAAGACUUCAACAAGAUACAACUGUCAGCAAGUCGGACCAAACGUAGUCCUGAUUGGUCAGAAGCACAUCAGCAUCAAUUUCCGGUCAGUGUUCGCGUGAAACGACAUUCCACAAACAAGCUGAGUCGAAUUAUGUUCCACUUAAAUAUAGAAGGAAAGAUCUCUGAAGAUGUGAACAUCACCAAUAAUAUUUCCAUGUGGAACGACGAGGUGAAAAUGAACAUGAAGAUGAUCCUUGACCAAUUGUCUGUUGAUGUGAGAAAUAUCAGCGCAGACCUGGGUCUCUCCUACACCAAUAUGUCCUAUGAUUUGAACUCGGCAACAUUCUGCUGUAAAGCAGGCAGUGUACUCGUUAAUGGUCGAUGUGUCUUAUGCCCCGUUGGAACUUUCUUCAAUGUUGUGUCCAAGAAAUGCCAGAGCUGCCAACAAGGGACUUACCAACAACAGGAAGGAAUGGUCACGUGCAACGUGUGUCCCGAGAAGACGUCCACCUUGUCAGACCAUUCCAAAACAGUAAAAGAAUGCCAAGCCCAAUGCCUGCCUGGAUCAUUCUCUCACGAUGGCCUGGAGUUCUGUGAGACUUGCCCUCUUGGCCAUUACCAGUCUGAAUAUGCACAGAAAAGCUGUCUGCUUUGCCAAAAUGGAACGUCCACUCUCAGCCGUGGCAGCCGCCUUCAAGAAGAUUGCAAAGAUUUGUGUAAAGCUGGUCACGUGUCAGAAACUGGUCUCGAACCCUGCAUGCCAUGUCCCAUUGGCAGUUACCAGUCAGAAAUGGGGAAGAACGCUUGUUACCUGUGUCCCAAUAAAUCCCCCACGCCGAACGCAGCCUCCACCCGGAUUCAGGACUGUGCAGGUAAGAAAUGUGAAUUUGGUACGAAUGCCUGCCUCUCUACCCCGUGUCGUAAUGGAGGGAUAUGUGAAAACACACUGUCAGGUUUCAAAUGUUCCUGUUUCUCUGGAUUUGAAGGUGACACAUGCGAGAAGAACACAGACGAGUGUGCCAACGACACGUGCCUCAACGGUGGCACAUGCAGGGACCUUCUAGAUGACUACAAGUGUCAAUGUAGGUCCGGAUUUACAGGCAUCAACUGUGAAAUCAACGUCGAUCUGUGUCAUGCGGCGCCCUGUCAGAACAACGCUACCUGUUUCGACGAGGAGGACGACGAUGGCUACAGGUGCCAGUGUGUGCCAGGUUUCACAGGAAAGAAAUGUGAACAGGAACUCAAUGAAUGUGAAUCGAACCCAUGUAAGAAUGCCGGAAGUUGUGAAGAUAAGAUCAACGGUUUCGUCUGCCACUGUCAUUCGCAGUACACGGGGCUGAGCUGUGAAACAGAGGUCGACGGGAGCUACAGCCUGCAAUUUGAUGGACCCAGCACGAUGUCGUACACAGCGGUGAAGAUGCAGCGUCCCCUGUCGGCAUUCACGUUGACCUUCUGGAUGAAGACUAAAGACACAACCAACUACGGCACCGUCGUCUCCUACGCAACGCCACUCGAACAAAACGCACUUACAGUUAUUGAUUAUAACGAAUUUACCCUGUACAUCAAUGGUAAAAGUGAAACGACAGAUGUUGUUGCUAAUGAUGGUCUCUGGCAUCAUAUCGCAGUCACGUGGUCCAUGGUUGAUGGUAGCUGGGAGAUUUAUUUGGAUUCGAAGAUCAUUAACCAAGCAAAGAAUUUAUCGAAAGCUCAACAAAUUGAAGGGAAUGGAUUGCUCGUGGUUGGUCAGGAACAAGACUCAAUGGGGGGCGGCUUUAAUUCCCGAGAAUCCUUCAUUGGAGAACUUGGUCAGAUAAACCUCUGGGACUACAAACUGGACCCUGCAAAAUUCAAAGCCAUGCUCACCAGUUGUGACGAAUUCGGUAAUGUGGUGUCUUGGCCCUCAUUUCAAUCUGGUUUACGGGGUCGAGUGAAAAGUUUAUCGAAUACUUUUUGUUCAGACUGUAAACAGCCCCAGAAGGUAGACCAGGGCAGUGUCCAAGUGGCCGGCAACACGACUGGUUCCAAUGCUCUCUACUCGUGCAACAUCGGUUACAAUCUGAAAGGAGAAAACGAACGAGUUUGCCUUGGCACAGGCGACUGGAGUGGUGCCAAUCCGAAAUGUGAGAAGAUCGUCUGUGACAGACCAAAGAUGCCAACCAACGGUCGUGUCAGUGGUACUCGCCACACCUUCGAUAACAGGGUCCGUUACAGCUGUAACCAUGGUUACCAACUGGUAGGAUCCAACAUGUCGUAUUGCAAUCUGAAUGGAUUAUGGAGUAACCCCCCACCCAAGUGUUUAGAGAUUGUGUGUGACGCCCCUGUCGUCUCUAAACACACCCACGUUUCCUCGACGAAGAAAGUUUACAAACCAAGAGACCAGAUAUCUUUUUUCUGUUCAAAGGGCUAUAGAAUCCUUACCGGUCACUCAUCAAUUACAUGUCAGCUGGAUGGUUCGUGGGACAAAAGUAUUCCUUCUUGUGACGAAACAUACUGCAGCAAUAUACCCGAAAUACAGAAUGCUCAACUAGAGUUGAAGGUGAAAACUCGGUACUUCGUUGGUGACAAUUUAAAAUACAAGUGCGGCUUUGGUUACAGGUUGGCUAACACAUCCUCUUCGUUUAGCACACUUGGGUCUGUCCGGUGUAUGCCCGGAGGUAAAUGGCAAACAAACUUAACCAGUUGUGUGAUUAUUGAUUGUGGAAAGCCACCAGAUGUCGAACAUGCUGUUGCCAAGUACAACAAAACUGAGUAUCUCCAAUUAGUUCGCUAUGUGUGUGAACCUGGCUAUGAACUAUUGCCUCCCGAAUUUCUCGAGUGCUGGGAAGAGGGUGUAUGGUCAUCAAAAACACCAAAAUGUUUACCUGUCGUUUGCCAAUCACCAGAGCGUGUCGACAAAGCAGAGAUUCUGGUCAGUAACUAUACAUAUGGGAGCACACUUCUUUAUAAGUGCAAAACACAUUUCACGUUGAUCGGUAACCGAGAACGCAAGUGUUUGGAAAAUGCCACCUGGUCUGGUGUGUCACCAAUCUGUAAACCCAUUCAUUGUCCGAAACCAAAACCAACUGAACAUGGUUACGCAAUGUCCGGUGAUUACAAGUUUGGAUCAAUUGCUGUUUAUCAAUGCUACGAGGGUUUUGAGAUUUUGACGACGCCCGAGGUUUUGUGUGGUAGCAACGGUACCUGGUUGAGUGAGCCUCCUAAAUGCCAGGCAAUCAGUUGUUUGGAUCCCCCAACUAUAGAAAAUGGAUUUUAUAACAAAUCGUCAAGAGAUUACAAAGUGAAUGAUGUUGUCGAGUAUUUCUGCGAUGAAGGUUAUGUUUUAGCGGGAAGUGACGGAAUAAGAUGCAGUUCAAAUAAGUCUUGGAUUCAAGAGAUUCCUGUUUGCGUUCCUAUAAACUGCAGCGAACCUGAAGACAUUGAGAAUGGCGUCACUCAAGUGGAAGGUGUGGAAUUUGGAAACAUCGUCGAGUAUAAAUGCGUUACAAAUUACAAACUGGUCGGAGAAGCUCAGCGGAAGUGCCUGUCUAACGAAACAUGGGAAGGUGAGGUGCCUUAUUGCAAACCAUUGAGUUGCAGUGAACCUCCAGAAGUGGCCAACACAUCGAUCUCCUUCUCUACUGAUCUGAGAGUCGGUUCAACUGUAACAUAUAAUUGUGAUAGCGGUUACCAUCAUAGGGGAGACCAGAUGAGAAUUUGCUUAAGUGACCUGACCUGGAGUGCUGCCAACGUCACAUGCGAACCGGUAUUUUGUAAAAUUCCUCCAAAUAUCGAACAUGGAUAUAGGAACUUCACAUCCAGAACCUAUCAGUCUGUUGUCAAUUAUGAGUGCAAUUCCGGUUUCAAGCUCACUGGAAGUAGUCAGCAAGUCUGCACUGAAAAUGCAACUUGGUCUGAUAAGGAACCUACAUGCAAAGCGAUCCUUUGUGAUUCUCCAUCGCAUUUUAUCUCAAAUGGUCGUAUGCACGGUGUGAAUUUUAGUUAUGGCGCUGUUGUCAACUACAGCUGUGAUUCUGGUUAUUUGUCCUCAGACAAAAUGAACCGUUCAUGUCAGGCAAAUGGAGAAUGGGACACCCCUGUUCCUGUCUGUGAGAAAGUCAAAUGUCCAGUUCUGUCAGUGAAACGAGGGCGUGUGUCAUCGUUCCGUAGAGACUAUGGCGCCAGUGUUUCUAUUAAUUGCUUCGUUGGUUAUUCCCUCGUCGGUGCUUCUUAUCGGACUUGUCUGACCAAUGGUUCAUGGAGUGGUGGUAACAAGCCAUUUUGUGCUAAAAACUGUGGCUUUCUACCUCGCAUUGCCAAUGGUGCGGUGAGGAUAAAAUCGAAAUUUGGACAAAAUGCUACCUACUCAUGUAUAUCAACCUACGAAUUGGUGGGCAACGCGAAUCGUACUUGUCUACAGAAUGGACAGUGGUCAGGAAAAGCCCCAGUCUGUGUACGGAAACGCUGCCCUCCAGUGAAAAGCAUUUCGUACGCUUCAGUGUCAAAAGUGUCUUCUGGUAGCAAGGUUUAUGCCCAGUAUCGAUGCAAACCCGGGUACGAAAUGAUUGGAAACAGCACUUUACAGUGCAUAAGCAAUUCUUGGGUGCCUGCCAAUCCACCCAAGUGUGUUAAACUUAGAUGUCCCGAGUUAAGGAAGUUGGAACACGGCAAGUUACUAACCGUCGAGAGGUCAGUAGGAACGAGAGUUCAAUUCGAGUGUGACGAGGGCUACAAAAUGAAAAAACGCAGCUCAAUGUUCUGCACUGCGUCGCUGACUUGGAAGGGUUACAUGCCUGUGUGCGAGGCAAUAGGGUGCCUGUUGCCAGCAAGCAUUCCCAAUGGUUUUAUCAAUGAGCAGAGCAUAUCAAUCCAAGAACUUGUUCUUCAGACGAAAAAGACAACAAAAACAGCAAAAUCAACGGAUAGUUCAGCUGCGUAUGAGGUUAAUGAUGCCAUUACAUAUUCUUGUGAAUCAGAUUACAGAAUCGUCGGCACGUCAACACGAACCUGUCUGCCUGGAUUCGUUUGGUCUGGUGAAGAACCGAAAUGUGAACAGAUAAUGUGUAACAAAAUAAACAUUGUCAAUGGAUAUAUAUUCAAAACUUAUGAGCGCUACCCGGGGGCAAAACUGGUUUACAACUGCGACAGGGAUUAUCGAGCACGCGCCUCCUCCACCACAUUAAUAUGCUCCAAGGAAGGAAAAUGGACUGGAGAAGAACCAAUUUGUGAGCAAAAAACCUGCAAGAAUAUUACAGCACCGCUACAUGGGCGAUUCAGCUCGAACAAGAGGUCAAUUGGUGCUAAACUGGAACUUAUCUGUGACGAGGGCUUUGAGCCUCAUCCGAAUGUAUAUAUAUUUUGUCUGCCGACUGAGAAGUGGACCACAGACCAAGUGAAAUGUUCUAGGGUCUCUUGUAAAAGAGUAGCCUCUAUUGCUAAUGGCUUUAUUGUUGGCAAAAACUACAGCUACAAUAGUUCCAUAAAAUAUGAGUGCAGUUUUGGCUACAGACUUGUGGGAAACGCUGAACGUUUGUGCUUGGCAAACAAACAGUGGUCGGGCACCGACCCUAAGUGUGAAAAGAUCUCGUGCAAAGACCCUCCUACCAUAGCCAAUGCAUUCUAUACCCAUAUUAAGCGUUCGGAGAUCGAAUCCACAGAUUCCUUGGAAGAUGUUAGGUACUAUUGUGUGGAGGGCUACGAACUGAUCGGGGAUCCUAUCGCCACUUGUAAUGAAGAGGGACUCUGGGACGUUAACAACAUCACCUGUAUGCUAAUAACAUGUCCUGAAAUCAAAACCUUGCAACACGGUUCAAUAUCAAAUAAUGGUCGACAACACUACGUGCCUUACACCCAACUGACCUUCUCCUGUGACGUCGGCUACAUUCUCAUUGGCCAUUCAACACUAUUGUGCCUCUUCAAUGGGUCCUGGGAUGGCACACUACCAAAAUGUGAUAAAAUUGUCUGCCCUCUUCCUGAAGAAUUUCCUAACGGAUUCGUUAAAUUUCCACCCGAACUAAGCUACGGUCAAUCUAUCACGUACACCUGCUCAGAGAACUAUAUACUCGAAGGAAGCGCUGUACGCAUGUGUCAAUCCAAUGGUGAAUGGACGAACAGUGCCCCAGAGUGUGUUUUAAAUAUUUGCCCCGAACCUAAGAAACCGGAAAAUGGAAUUGUGAAAUACAAGAGUAUUACAGUAGGUUCCGAUGCAUUUUACUAUUGUGAGGAAGGUUAUAAUCUGAUUGGUCCGCCAACAAUCACGUGUCUUGGCAGUAAAUUGUGGAGUUCAGAAACUCCCAUUUGUAAAGAAAUCCAAUGUCAGGUGCCUAGUGUGAAAAAUGGAAGAGCUGUAGUGAAGAAAAUAAAAGACCGACCUGAUAGAGCUGAAUACAAAUGUGACACGGGUUAUCAAUUAGAAAUUGAACUUUCCUAUUCACAGGUAUGCAUCAAGGGAAAAUGGAGUGGAUUGGAUCCAAACUGUAUCCCCAUAGAAUGCCCUGAACCACCUCAAGUGAAAAAUGGAUUUAACAAUGGAAGCUAUUUUAUUGUAAACGAUAUCGUACAAUACACAUGUGAUGAUGGUCACCGCAUGAUUGGGCAGUCGACCCUGGUAUGUAGCGUUAAUGGAACUUACAUUGGCAAAGUACCUGAGUGCAGGCCCUCAAUGUGCGGCCCACCACCAGUUAUACAGUAUGCCACUACACUAACGACCACUUACAACGACAAAAUGGUAAUCACCUGCAAUGACGGUUACUACUUGAAGGGCAACGCUACGGCCUGGUGCCUUUCUAACAGGACCUGGUCCCCUCUGAAAGGGGAGUGCGUUCCAAUCGACUGUGGAAAACCUCCCCAAAUCAGUCAAACUGAAAGUAUCGACUUACCCAAUGGAACUGUCUACGGUGGUUUUGCUGAGUACAAAUGUGAAGAGGGCUAUGCGUUGGGUGCAAAGAAAUCCUUAAAAUGCCAGUCGAAUGGCAGCUGGGAAGCCGCCAGUUCUUUAGAGUGCAUUCCAGUUGACUGUGGCCCUCCGCCAACUGAAGACAAUGUCAUAUAUACUGGAACCGCGUUUACAUUUACCAAACAUAUAUUCUAUAACUGCGAGAAGGGUUACACACGCAAGGGACCGUUCAUCUCGUUCUGUUUGAUGGAUGCUAAAUGGAGCAACCCAAGUCCUCAAUGCAAACCUGUCAGCUGUGGAGACCCCCCUGGACAAUCCAACAAUGAGCUCUACAUUGUGAAAGAUGGUGGAACAGUAUACAAUAGUAUUAUCCAGUAUGGUUGCUAUGGAAGACUAAUGGUUGUGGGCCCAGCUGUUGUCAAGUGUCAGGCAGACGGUCUCUGGAAUGGUACAGCACCAACAUGCAAGCAUCCACCAGUUGCAAACUGUGGACGGCCCUACGUCAGCGAUCCGAUGACAGUAAAGCUAAUAGCCAACUCUUAUUUGCAAGGAAGCAUUGCCUAUUACUUUUGCACAUCGGGGCUGAGCCCUGUUAAACGACCAGCCAGGUUAAUGUGUCUGCCGAACGGGAAAUGGGACGGAAAAGCAGAAUGUCGAGCUCACUGCAAGUUCUCCUGCUUGAACGGAGGGAAGUGCAUAGGGCUGAACCGUUGUAAGUGUCCUUCUGGCUACGCUGGAGUCCGUUGUGAACGAGCUAUAUGCAUCUUUGCCUGUCUAAAUGGUGGACAUUGCUCCUCUCCAUACAAGUGUAACUGCAAACCUGGUUUUGCCGGGGAUCGUUGUGAACGCGCUCAUUGUGCCAGGAAAUGUGAAAAUGGAGGUCGGUGUAUUGUUGGAGGAAUUUGUCACUGUCCGAAUGGUUUCCAGCCCCCGUUCUGUUCAAAGAGGAAUACAACAAUUCCAAUUCAGAAAAAACACAAGAAAACCUUCAGUUAUAGUUUGUCGUAACCACUUUAUGCUUGUAUGUGUGUACACACACCCAUACAAACACACAUAUGUGCAUACGCAUAAUCACAUGCACACACAAAACCUCACAUAUACGUAUACAGAUACAUACGUACACAUAUGAAUGUCUGCUUUAUCUAUAUACAUAUAUACAUACAUUCUUAUACAAACAUACACAUAUAUAUAUAGAGAGACAAACAUCUCAAAAGUAAAUACACAUUUUUUUCUAAAGAUUCAUUUCUGGAAACCAAAUAAUAUCAUUCGAUGUCUUUAAACCUUUACUCUAGGAUUUAGUAGAAAUGUUUUGUUUGGUCUUUUAAGGAUUCAACCAGUUUGAGCACCCAACUGAUGAGGAAUGUCCAAAUAUAACGCUAUGUGUCUAUUUACUUUUGAGGUAUCUGUGUAUAUCUACACACACACAACUCUAUGUCAUGUAUAUAUAUAUAUAUAUAUAUAUAUAUAUAUAUAUAUAUAUAUAUAUAUAUACAUACAUACAUACAUACACAUGCACAUACAUCUGUACACAACACUCACACAUGCGCAUGCUCACACAGACGCACAUCAAUGUGAAUUUGUGAAACUGAUGAAGACAGCCGAACUCCUUUCUCUCCCACUUUCCCUCCCACCACUACCCACACUACAAUAAUCACUUAUUAUUAUUAUCUAACACUGAAUGGAUUUUGUAAUUCUGAGCUGAGACUUCUGAGUUAUAAAAUCAGAAACUUUUAUUUCGAUAUAUCAAUAUUUGGGGCACAUGGCUCGUAGUCAGGACAGAACAGCAGAGAUGAAAUGUGAUUGAACUGACAAUGCUGAAGUCAAUAUAGAAGAAGAAAAAGAAGAAGAAGAAGAAGAAGAAUGAUAUUAAUAAUAAUAAUGAUAAUAACAAUAAUAAUAUAUUAGUUGAGUAUGAAAAUAUUUCCUGGACCAAAACAUUUUGAUGACGAUAAAAACACUACUGUGCUUUAAUGUCUAAUAAUAAUUAUUAUUAUUAAUAUUAUAAUAAUAACAAUAAUGGUAAUAAAAGCAAUAAUAUUGAAAACAAUAAUUGUAUUCAUACUAUUACAAUAUUAAAGAUUAAAAUCUUCUCAUCUUUCUCA